AUGCUCUUAUCCAUGCUGCAAGUUUCCGCUAGCGAAAAGCUUGAUCCAACCUCGCUUGAACCUACUCGAGCUACAAUUCACUGCACCUGCCACUUGCACACACUGCGCAACCGCUUUAUACACUCGCGAACAGAAUUUUCGACAUGCCAGGCGAACCAGCGAAACGGCAAAAGCGGGAGGCGUACAAGAGCUCCGUCGAGAGCGAGGAGCAGCAGGCCGCGCUGCCGAAGAAGAAAUUCUACAGACAGCGUGCCCACGCCAAUCCGUUUUCGGAUCAUUGUCUAGCAUAUCCCAAGAGCCCCAAGGAUAUGGAUUGGGCCUCUCAUUAUCCUGCAUAUGCGGUUCAACAUGAUUCGGCGGUGCGAACAGAAGACGAGUCACAUGAUGCAGCCCAAGUAUCGUCAAGAAGAGCAAUCAGCAAGCCCGUCGAGAUUGCAGAUAUUGGCUGUGGUUAUGGAGGGCUAUUAUUCGCACUUGCGCCGAGGUUUCCGGACACGUUGAUGCUUGGCAUGGAGAUACGGAUAUCAGUUACAGAAUAUGUGCAAGAAAAGGUCCGCGCACUACGAACCCAAAACGCCGCAACCAACGGCUUCCAAAACGUCUCUUGCAUCCGCGCCAACACGAUGAAAUUCCUGCCCAACUUCUUCUCCAAACAUCAACUCAGCAAGAUCUUUCUCUGUUUCCCGGACCCGCACUUCAAGCAGCGGAAACACAAAGCCAGGAUCGUUUCUUACACGCUCAGCUCCGAAUACGCUUAUGUGCUCCGGCCUGGCGGGAUUGUGUAUACGAUUACUGAUGUGGAGGAUUUGCAUAGGUGGAUGGUGGAGCAUCUGGAGAAGCACCCGAGCUUCGAGAGGAUUGGGGAAGAGGAGCAGGAGCAGGAUGAGUGUGUUCAUAUCAUGAGGUCUGAGACGGAAGAGGGGAAGAAGGUGACAAGGAAUGGGGGUCAAAAGUUUGUGGCGUGUUUCCGAAGGGUGGAGGAUCCACCGUGGCCGUAGAGAGUGCAAGGUCAUAUGCAUGAAUGUGAGAGUAGCGGUCUAAGGGAUGAUGUUACAUUACAAGCCCAUGGAAAUCCUAUCGGCCGAAUGGGUUGGCCAGGUAUCAGUAGAUUUUUGAAAAUACCAUGAAU